AUGCUCGCGUUGGCGGUCGCCAUACUUUCAGCUGUGCUCACCGAUGCAGGCGUCGUCGAGCCUCUCGACGGUGCGGGUCUCGUCGACGCGGUGACGCGCAACGGCACGCGGCGCGCGUUCUUCGUGGUCAUGUGCCGCGUCAAGAACGAGCGCCUGCUCCUGUCGGACUUCGUGCCCUACUACCUAAACCAGGGCGCGGACCACGUCGUCGUGCUCGUGGACGUCGGCUCGCAGGACGAGUAUCCGGCGUGGCUCGCGUCCCAUCCCGACGCGACGUUCGUCCGCGAGCUCGGCCCGUCGAAGACGCGGCACCAUUCGCAGCUCUGGAUGUCGCGCCUGGCGUACCCGGCGCUCCGGCCGCACGUCGAGUGGCUCGCCUUCGUCGACGUCGACGAGUUCGUCGUGACGCGGGCGUCGCCGAACCGCACGGUCCGCGACGAGCUCGCGGCGCUCGGCGCCGCGGCCUGCGUCUCCGUGCCGUGGCUCAUGUUCUCCCACGGCGGCCUCGUCGACGAGCCGGCGUCGCCCAUCAAGGAGCUGACGUCGCGGCUCGACCUCGACCGGCACCACCGCCACCCGAGCGCGCUGCGCAAGUGGAAGGACGCCUACGAGACCGUCGACGUGAAGACGAUCUUCCGGAUGGCGCGCUUUGAGGGCACGGAGAUCCACCACCCCUGCGCGAGGCACGACGCGACGCAGCGCAAGUUCGGCGCGCGGUGCGCCAACCGCGGCGUCGCCUGCGUCGACGGCGUGACGGGCGACCGGCGGCCCAUCGGCUCGAGCCGGAGCACGCCGCGCGAGGCGGAGCUCGCCGCGGCGAAGCUCGUCAUCCACCACUACCGCUUCACGUCGCGGCGGAAGAUCCGGGAGAAGUGCGGCAACGGCGGCCGCGUCUCGCCCGAGUACGCGGGGCCCCAGUGCGUCGAGAACGCCGUGCUCGCGGACCCGGCGGAGAUCGAGGACGCGUCGCUCGCCGACCGCCUGAGCUGGCCGCUCUGGGACGGCGCGGCCGCCAAGGACCGCGGGCGCACCGCCCUCGCCGCGCGCGCCAUGGGACGGUGGCAGAGAGACGUCGCCGCGGCCUGCGGGGGCGCGCGAGACCACGGCGCGAUCCUCGGGGCCGCCGCGCCGCCGCGGCCCGCCGGCGCCGGCUUCGCCGCGUGGCGCCGCGCGGCCCGUCCUCCGGAGCUCGUGCCCGCGCGCAACGCGUCGCCCGGCGUCCCCGUCGCCGCGACGCCGUUCGAGGCGCGCCGCCCGGGGACGCCCGCCUCCGCGCCGCAGGCGUCGCUGCGCGUGCUCGACGCCGGCCUCGGCGCGGCGGCCGCGCGAUGGGCGCACGACGUCUUGUGCGCCCAGGGCGUGGCGAGCUGCGCCGCGAACGACGCGCGGGGGCCGUCGUCGCGCGGGUGCUGCCACGCGCCGCCCGAGGCGCGCGCGGCGCACGCGGCGCUCCUCGCGUGGUACGCCGACCUGGAGCGCCGCGCUGGUUCCGGCGCGGAGGCCAACGGCUCGACCUGGGCGAGCGCGUACGACCGCGGCGUCUCUCUCCUCGCCGCGGCGGCCGCGAGCGGCCUCGUCGCCGCCGCCGGCGCGCCGUACACGCACUUCCUCCCGGAGCUGCUCGCGCUCGUCCCGGACCUCCGCGUCGCGCAGACGCUGGGCCCCGCGGAGGAGUGGGCGUCGCGGCACGCGGCCCCCCGGCGGGACGGCGCGCGCGGGGAGUCCGUGGCGUGCGCGGAGGACGUCGUGCGCCGCUUCGGGCUCGCGUCCUACUUCGACCUCCGCUGCCUCGCCGCCGACCGAGCGGCCGCCUCCGCGCCCUUCGUCCCGCUUGCGUCGCUCUCCGAGCUCGCCGAAGCGCCGGCGCCGCUCGCAGCCAAGUACGCCGCGCACGGCGACCACGCGCGCGCGCUCGUCGAGCUGCGCAUCGUCGUCGUCGAGCGCGGCGGCGACUGGGACCCGGCGACAUCCGCGCUCCCGGCCCUCGCGGGGCGCUACGGGCUGCGCCGCGACGAUGGCACGUACAGCUACCGGCGUGCCUACGCGCGCUACCUCGAGGACGACGCGGCGGCCUGCGCGGCGUCCCACCACCCAUUUGGCGAGGAGUUCGAGCCCAAGUUCCGCGCGCCGGCGGACCGCGGCGGCUGCUACGUCGCCGCGGCCGUCGAGGCCGCGUGGGCCGGCGCCGGCGCCUACGCGCUGUCGCUCGCGCUGCCCGAGCCCGGGCGCUCCUACGCCGUCAACGUGCUCGGCGGCUUCGACGGCUGCGCGGAGCCCCUCGAGGCCCUCGACGCCGCGCGGUUCGCGGCGGACGAGGCCGCGUGGGCGAACCGGUCCGCGCCCGCGGCGCCCUGCGCGGGCUACGCGCGCGGCGACGCGGCGAUGGGUCCCGUGCUGGCGACCUUCGAGGUGCCGGCGGACGCGCUCCACGCGGCGCCGCGGCGCACGCGGUGUCGCUUCGAGUCGAUCCGGGGCGCGUACGCGUGGCGCCGGCCCCACAACCACAGCGCGCGGUUCCUCGGCGUCGACGCCUGCGCGCCCCUCGAAGACCGCGGGGGGGCGCCCUUCUGCGCCGGCGACGUGAAGCGCGCGUCCAUGGCCGCCGUCGGCGACAGCAACACGGGCUACGUGCUGGAAGCCGCGGCGUCGGCGGCCCGCUCCUCCGGGUCCGUCAGCGCCGGCGGCGCCGGAUCGCCGCCGAGGCGGAAGGACGACCGCUCGAAGAACGAGUGGGGGCCGCCCGGCACGCAGUUGGGCUCGCGCGCGCACGCAAAGGAGCUCGACCAGCGGACGCUGAGCUGGGCCGGGGCCACGAGGCAGCCCAUGGCCUGA